GGUGUAAGCCUUGCUUGGAACCGUGCCAUCAAUCUCUUGCAGAAUCACAGACACAGAAGGAGCCAAGCAAAGCAUGAUCACAAACUUGCUGCUCUACAGAGCAAAGGGAAGCAGCCCCAGCCAGACAUCUUAGCCGAGCGCCGGGGAGACAGCAGCCGACAGUCUGUGGAUUUAACCUGGUAUAAAGGAGCCGCGUGUGCCCGGGGAAGCCCAUCCAUGUAGCGGCCGCUGCUGACACUGGGAUCAGCCCGGCUGCUCGGCUCUAGGGCGUGAGGACGAGUGUGUGGGGGGAGAAGAGCCAUUAUGGAUCCUGAGAUAUGCAGUGAUACAACCAAAGUCAUCCCAUGAUCUUCUCUGGACUGUAAUCCCUUCAUUAAGAAAACAGAGUUCAAGACUGCUAGCUCAGUAUGUCUGGUUCUACCCAGCCAGCUACACAAAGCAGGAGGGCUGCCGAAGCCCGAUACACUCCACAUGCUAUUCCUUACCCAAUGCAGUUAUCCCGGGCACAUACAGAAGCCAGUCUACUAGAGUAUCAGCACCAUUCAAGAGAUUAUGGUUCACCUCUCGCCCACAGCUCAGUUCUUCUACCACAGAGGAGACGACCAUCACUGCUAUCAAAAUUUCAGCCUGGAAAUGAAAGGUCCCCAGAGGUACAUGGAAGAGGAGACCCACAUAACUAUAUGUCUGAUCUGAGCAAGCAAACAGAUCUAGACCUUGCAGAGUCAAAGAGGCCCAGGCUGGAACUGUUACAAGAGCCAUUGAUCAGACACUCCUCACUCCUUAAUCAGAGCCAACAUGGAGCUAGUGAAGACCUAGGCAAGGAUCGCUGCUUAAGUGGAAAAUUAGAGCCUGUGUCCCCUUCCAGUCCUCCUCAUGCUGAUGGAGACUUGGAUCUACUGCCUACAAGGCUAUCCAAAGAGGAGCUGAUUCAGAACAUGGAUAGGGUGGACCGUGAGAUUACCAUGGUAGAACAGCAAAUCUCCAAGUUAAAGAAGAAACAGCAACAGCUAGAAGAAGAAGCAGCUAAACCAUUAGAGCCUGAGAAACCCCUCUCGCCUCCGCCAAUUGAAUCGAAGCACCGCAGCCUGGUCCAAAUUAUAUAUGAUGAGAACAGGAAAAAGGCGGAGGCAGCUCAUCGGAUUCUGGAAGGUCUGGGCCCUCAUGUGGAACUGGUACGUCACAUUCAUGAUACAUCGGAACUAAAAUGUUUCACGUGUCCCUUAUCACAGCCACUGUAUAACCAGCCAUCAGACACCAAGCAAUACCAUGAAAAUAUUAAAAUAAACCAGACUAUGCGUAAGAAGCUAAUUCUAUAUUUUAAAAGAAGGAAUCACGCCCGCAAGCAAUGGGUUGAGAUGCCGACUGCGCAGAGUUUUGGAGCCAGAGGACAGCUUAAUGUUUCAAGGCACAAAAGACCAGACGCUGAUCUAGCAAAAUACAAGGAACAGAAACUCUGCCAGCGUUAUGACCAGUUGAUGGAAGCCUGGGAGAAAAAGGUGGAACGUAUUGAAAACAAUCCACGCAGGAGAGCCAAGGAGAGCAAGAUAAGAGAGUACUAUGAGAAGCAGUUCCCUGAGAUCCGCAAGCAGAGGGAGCUUCAAGAACGCAUGCAGAGCAGGGUAGGACAAAGGGGAAGCGGCCUGUCCUUAUCUGCUGCACGCAGCGAGCAUGAAGUGUCAGAAAUCAUUGACGGCCUCUCCGAGCAGGAGAACCUGGAGAAACAGAUGCGUCAGCUAGCAGUCAUCCCUCCCAUGCUGUUUGAUGCAGAGCAGCAGCGUAUCAAGUUCAUUAAUAUGAAUGGCCUGAUGGACGACCCCAUGAAGGUGUACAAGGAGCGACAGGUCAUGAACAUGUGGAGUGAACAAGAGAAGGAGACCUUCAGGGAGAAAUUUAUCCAGCAACCAAAGAACUUUGUGUUCAUUGCUUCAUUCUUGGAAAGAAAGACUGUGUCCGAUUGUGUUCUUUUCUAUUACCUGACCAAAAAGAAUGAGAACUACAAAAGUCUUGUAAGAAGAAAUUAUCGUCGAAGGGGAAAGGGCCAGCAGCAGAUGCCCCGUAGUACCCAGGAAGAAAAAGAUGAAAAAGAGAAAGAGCCUGAAAAAGAAGAGUUUAAACAAGAUGUUGAAAAUGACAAAGAGGAGCUUGGGAAGGAGAAAACUGAAGACACUUCUGGGGAAGAGAAUGAUGACAAAGAAGCAGUGACCUCAAAAGGGAGAAAAACUUUUAACAGCCAAGGGCGCCGUAAAGGACGUAUUACACGCUCCAUGGCAAAUGAAGCCAAUGAAGAGGCUUCCACACCACAGCAGAACUCAGAUUUAGCAGCAAUGGAAAUGAAUGAAAGCUCACGGUGGACUGAAGAGGAAAUGGAAACCGCUAAGAAAGGUUUGUUUGAAUAUGGCCGUAAUUGGUCUGCCAUUGCGAGAAUGGUGGGCUCCAAAACAGUGUCCCAGUGCAAGAAUUUUUACUUCAACUACAAGAAGAGGCAGAACUUAGACAGCAUCCUACAGCAGCACAAACUGAAGAUGGAGAAGGAGCGCAAUAACAGACGUAAAAAGAAAAAAGCAGUGCAGAUGGAGGAGGAGGUUCAGUACACUCCUGCUGUAGAAGAUGAGGAGAUGGAGGCAUCAGGAAUCAGUGGUAAUGAAGAAGAAAUGGCAGAAGAAGGAGACCUUGCAGUUAACAAUAGUUCAGAUACAGAGAGCGUUCCAUCACCAAGACAGGAAGCCAAAGAGAGCAAAGACAAUGAGGUCAAGCCAGUAGGAACCUCUGUAGCGGAAACUUACAGUGAGGUGCCAGCUGAUCCUGGUAACUCAACUGUGCAGCAAUCUCAGGAAAAUACUGAAAGGACUAGUAAUGAGGAGGAAUCCAAAGAAGAUCUAGAAGCUAGUACAGUCAAAAAGGAAGAGGAAGAUGAAGGAAGAUCAUGUGAGGAGCCAAACAAAAGUGAAAUAAAGCAAGAAGAAACAGAGGACUUUAAAGAAACUGUUGCAGAAAUGAUUGAGGAGGCACCAAAAGAGGCAACAGAAGCACCACAGAAAGUGGAAAAGAAGCAUAGCAAACAUGGGGGGAAGACAAAUGCAGACAGUGACUCUAGCGCCACCUGCAGUGCAGAUGAGGCUGAAGAGCAGGAUUCCACUGACAAAAACAGGCUGAUGUCUCCCCGGCCUAGUUUGCUAAACACUGGCAGCGACACGCGAGUGAACUCCUCGCCUCAGAAACCAAUGGACCUGAAACAACUGAAGCAAAGAGCGGCUGCCAUUCCACCUAUUAUCUCAGAAGGCUUCUCUGAGUCAGCUCCUCAAACAGUUCCCAUGAAACCUCAUCAUGCUUUAGCGCUUUAUCAAGAGCAGAUCACCAAGGUUCACGAGUCGGCCCUGGAUGGACAAGCACCAGCUAAGCAACCUCCUUCGCAUUUAACAUCUGAAAAAGAACCCCAGACAAUCAGUAGCCCGAAAGGGAAAGCUGCAGAUAAAGAUGACAAUGCUGCAUAUAUGACAUUACCGGUAGAAAGUCAGAGGUUAAGUGCUGAACAGACUUGCCUUCCACCAUGGCCCUCUACAGCACAGUAUCAAGUGCCUGCCAGAGAAGUAUUAAAGCCCCUUCCGCAACAUGAAGCAACAUCCCCGUAUAACUCUCAAGGUCAUCCAAUGCCAUUAAACCUGCACGAUGGUUCACGGUCACUGGCUCCUCGUAUUAACAGCAUAUCAAACCCACCUCCUCUCAUCUCCUCUAGCAAACACCCAGCUGCCAUCGAAAGGCCCAUGGGCUCCAUAUCUCAGGGUGUCCCCAUCCCACUUCAUACACCAUACAGUUCUGAACAUGCAAAAGUCCCUGUUGGGUCUAUCACAAUGGGUUUACCAAUGAGUAUUGACCCUAAAAAACUGGGUGAGGAGCUGCCUUUCUUGGCUGUAAAACAAGAACAGCUCUCUCCCAAGAGCCAGCCGAGCCAACCUGAAAACCUAGUGAUGCAGACAACUCAAGACAGCUCCAUUUUUAGGGGAACAGCUCAUGGAGGAAGUCUCACUAAAGGUUUACCAAGCAAUCGACCUCCUCCAGAUACCCAAAUAACGUACAGAGGGUCCAUAACACAUGGCACUCCGGCAGAUGUACUCUACAAAGGAACCAUUUCGAAGAUCAUGGGAGAACACAGUCCUGGCAGGGUAGACCGAAUGCGGGAGGAACCGCUGUCCAAAGGUCAGGUCAUUUAUAAAGGCAAGAAAGGCCACAUCCUGUCCCUCGAUGGCAAGUCUGGCAGUUCAGCUUCUCAAAACCCCAAAGAGGAUAAUCGACCUGUUGGGUCCUCUCAAGAAGCAAGCACUGCCAAACGCACUUAUGACAUGAUGGAAGGGCAGAUGUCAAGAGGCUUACAAGUUCGGGACAUUUCAGCGGGUAAUAUAGAAGGUUUAAUGGGAAGAGCAAUUCCUGGUGACAGACACAGUCCACACAGCUUGAAAGAACCACCACAGCAUAUACGAGGCUCCAUUACCCAGGGGAUCCCACGCUCCUACAUUGAGGCUCAAGAAGACUACCUCAGGAGAGAAGCUAAGCAACUCAAGAGAGAAAGCACUCCACCACGAAGCCUGUCUGAUGCCUACAAAGUCCGGACACAUGAGGGACUUUCAGGACCACUCAAACUUAAGACACAUGAGGAAGUGGUGGCCACAGUAAAAGAAGUUGGUAGAUCUGUUCAUGAGAUUCCCAGGGAAGAAAUGAGACGUAGCGCUGAGAUGCAAGUUAAUCCCCGACAACAUAAGGAGGGGUCAAUUACACAGGGUACACCUUUGAAGUAUGAUAGUGGUUCUUCAGUAAGUGCCAAGAAACAUGAUGUACGAUCCAUAAUUGGUAGCACAGGUAGAUCAUACCACCCUUUGCAUCCCAUUGAGGUAUUGCAAGACCCAAGAGCAUAUGAUGAGAUGAUGCUCAAAAGUAGAGCAAGCUCUGGUUCUAUAACUAGAGGCGCUCCUGUAAUUGUUCCCGACCCUGGAAAGCCCAGACAUAGUCCACUCUCCUAUGAGGAUCAUCAGUUGCCCCAUGGAGCAACAUACGGUAGCCAUCUGAAUAGAGGAUCUCCUGUGACUACAAGGGAGUCUGCACAGCGGAGCCAUGAAGGAGGUAUUAGUUCUGGAAAACCUCUGACCCAGGAAAGGAAGAGCACCCCUAAUCCCAGAGAAAUGUCAAACUCCAAGUCACCUCAUACAACAGUCCCUGAACAUCUCCAUGCAAUGUCUCCCUAUGAGCACUUAUUCCGGGGAGUCAGCCAAGCUGAGUUGUACGGUCACAUACCCUUAGCAUUUGACCCUUCAGCUAUUUCCAGAGGAAUCCCAUUGGAAGCAGCUGCCUACUACUUGCCUAGACAGCUAGCCCCAAAUGCAGCAUACCCCCACCUCUAUCCACCAUACCUCAUCCGUGGGUAUCCAGACACUGCUGCCAUGGAGAACCGUCAGACAAUCAUCAAUGACUACAUCACUUCCCAGCAUAUGCAUCACAAUCCAUCAACUGCCAUGGCACAGAGGGCUGAAAUGCUACGUGGGCUUCAACCAAGGGACCCGGCAAUGGCUCUCAACUACACAGCAGGUCCUCGAAGAAUUAUAGACCUGUCUCAAGUGCCACAUCUACCUGUCCUCAUACCUCAGUCUUCAGCCUCAUCUGCUGCAACGAUGGACCGCAUCACUUACAUCUCUGGUGGGCCACAAGCUUUCAGCAACAGACUAAGUAGCUCCCCACUUUCCCCAGCAACAACCACACACAUGACCAAGCAGACCUCAUCAACCUCAGAGCGAGAAAGAGAUAGGGAGAAAUCAGUGCUUACAACAACAGUGGAGCAUGCUCCCAUAUGGAGACCAGGCACAGAGCAAAGUAGUGGACGCUUGUCAGCUCAGAGUCACAUCCACCAACAUUCCCCAGCAUCUCCGCGAACGCAUGAGAAUAUACAACAGCGUCCCAGUGUUCUUCAGAAUACUGGAAUGAAAAACCUCAUGACAAGUGCUGAGAGUGUUACUCCUUCCGUAUUGCGAACAUCCUCAAGCUCUUCACCCAUUCGGUCCUCGCAGUUGUCCACAUCCUCUCAACGCUCAGCAAGUGAACGGGAAAGCUUUCAACCUGCAGAAAACACCAUGGUACAGAAGGAUAUUGCAAGGUCACGAGAAGCCAAAAUUGAGCGUUCAAGGACUGAAAACAUAUACAACUCCAAGCUGCAAUCAGCAGGCCUUGAACAGACAUCACCCAUUAAGAACAUGGAGUCCAGGUCUCAUUCUUCAACUGUGGCCAAUUCAGUUCAUCAGUAUAACAACGGACAGGGGAAAAGCCAACCUCAUCAGCCCCUGGACCAGACAGCAGUGCCAGCCAGUGAGCAGCACAAUAGAGACAAGACCCCAAUUAAACCCUUUUCCAUGCAGCAACAGGAGCUCCGAUCACUCGGUAAGACCACCAUGACCGCGGCCAACUUCAUAGACGCCAUUAUCAUGCGUCAAAUUUCUUGUGAUAACGGAAAGCGAGAAAGAGCCUCGCUAAAUAUCGACGCCAGUAGUGAUGGAUUUCCCACUGGGUACAGCCCUGACAGACGUGAUGCAGUUAGCCCUCUGAGUUCAUCACGCCUGUCUCAUGAGAAGCAGGUCCGAGUUGCCAUGCAAGAAGCUGAAAAUGCCCGUCUGGAGCAUGAAUCAAGACACAAACAAGUGCCUACAAAACACAUAUCUGAAGGGCAUCUACGACAGAAAACAGAUGGUCCACAAUCUCCAUGUCAUACAUCACAGGCUUCGUCACACCUGAAAAAUCAACGUGUUGUCACUUUGGCUCAGCAUAUCAGUGAGGUUAUUACACAGGACUACACCCGAAACCAUCCACAGCAGCUGCACCCUCAGAUGCCACCACAGAUUUAUUAUGCCGGAUGUCCAGUAUUAGAUCUAAGGCAGAACCCCAGUGAUACCGUCCAUCAGCAACAGGAACAGAGUCAGGCAGCAAGGAUAUCUCCUGGGAACAAUGCAGAGAAAAGAUCACCAGAUCAAAACAAAGCAUCUACGUUGAGUGGCUCAGAAGAUGGUAUCGACCCUAUUUCUCCACCAGAGGGCAUGGGACAACCAGAGUAUUCUAGAAGUUCCACAUAUACCACUUUAUAUAGAGAGGGAGAGCAAACAGAACCAAGGAUGGGUUCGAAAUCUCCAGGGAACAACGCACAACACCCAGCGUUCUUCAGUAAGCUGACUGAGAGCACCUCUGCUAUGGUUAAAUCCAAGAAACAGGAGAUCAUUAAAAAGCUUAGUACAACCAACAGGAAUGAGCCAGAGUAUAAUAUUGGACAGCCAGGAACAGAAAUAUUUAACAUGCCAGCCAUUACUGGAUCAGGACCAAUAGGUUGCAGAACACAGAGUGUGCCGGAGAGCUCCAGCAGCAACAUUGGGUUGGAGGCCAUUAUUAGGAAGGCCCUAAUGGGUAAAUAUGAUGAGCAGUGGGAAGACCGCUCGGCACUCAGUACCAAUGCUUUUAACCCUUUGAAUGCCAACGCAAGCCUGCCCUCUGCUAUUCCCAUAACUGUUGCUGAUGGACGGAAUGACGACAUGCGCUCCUUGUCAGGCAGUGGAGGGAAGCCCAAGAUUUCCCGACCGAGCAGCCGGAAGGUGAAGUCACCUGCUCCCGGACAACCAUCAGCAGAAAGACCUCCUUCUGCUUCAUCGGUUCACUCAGAAGGUGACUCCAACCGGAAAACCCCCUUAGCAAACAGAGUGUGGGAGGAAAGGCCAUCUUCAACAGGGUCAACACCAUUUCCAUACAAUCCAUUAACAAUCAGGCUGCCUACCAGUCUCGUCGCUGCUUCAUCCUCGACAGCCAUUCCGCAGAGCAAUUCCACUACCCCACAGCGGGCACGUGAUGAAGAGCCUAAACCACUGCUGUGCUCCCAAUACGAAACACUCUCUGACAGCGAGUGAAAAGAAUCUUUGAUCAAUAUCGAAACUGGCUCGUGAAAGGAUCCCUGCAGCCAUCUGAAUGCUCAUCAGCAGCCAAUGUGAUAUAAAGACUGGGAAAAAGGAAAAGUUUUUGAAAAGCCUUAAAAUGACUCCCUAAUCUUCAAUGGAGGGUCCAUGUGUUCCUUCACUUUCUGGCACACAGCUGCUCACAAAGGAGUAGAACGUCCCAGACCUCGUAGAAGAUUGGAUUUUUCAGCUCUAUACUCAGGGGAUAUUUCCACCUGGUGCUUUGCUACAUUGCAUUGGUUUGUUAACAAAGCUGACUUGUAAGCGUGAUGACGUAUGUCUGUGUACAUUGUAUAUGUAUGUACAUGUGUUCAUAUGCACUUAAGAUAUAUACACAUUCCAGUUUAUUGCACACAGACCUAGCAAUGCAGAGCAGCUGCAUGCAUGGCCAUUGCAGAACUGUUACCAUUUUGGUUAGGACCCUACCAAAGGUCCCCUUACCAUGUGUUUCCUCCCCCUGAUGCAUCAGUGACAGCACUUAGUAUGUUUUUCCUGGCCCUUGCCCUACCUAUUGAAUAGUCUGCUGAAGGAUUCUUAAUGUAAUAAAGAGACAACCUUUUGUGCAUACACUGCAUGUUCUCUCCAUGGUUGCUGGUGCACCCUCACUGUACAUAGUGUGGCACUGACCUACACAUACAUGUACAUGUAGGUUAUUUUGUGUCACCCAGUCCUGAUGAUGCUGACAUUUGCCCUCAUUUUUUUAGUUUUCUACAUUUUCUUUUUGUUUACUGCCAAUAGGCAAUCGAAAGACAAGACCAUAAAGGACAAAACGGUUUAAAGUAGAUUUUUAUUGCUUUGAUUGUAUUAAUGAUUGUCAAACAGCAUUUUGGGAAGAAGGAUAGCCUCUUCAGUGUAUUUGGUUGGCCUAGAAGAACACUCAGUAUCUGUCAGUAAACAGGGUAUGCUUUUAAUAGCACGUUCUCAAAAAACAAUUCCCUUUGGCUUAAGAAAAAAUGGGCAGGGUAAGGCUUGGUUAGUCCAUGUACUUUUUUUUUUUUUUUUUCAAGUAUAUAGAGCUCCAGAAUAUGUGAAGAUCACAUCACUUUGGCCUAAAUAUUACUAAGACUGGAGACCCUGCUAAAAAGAAAGGUAGCAUUAUUUUGUCCUCUUUUGUCCUGACCUGUGUGUCUUUGCCUAUAUACUUUUGUUUCUUAUAUACAUAUAUACACACAUGGCUUAGAACAGAUAUGAGUGCCAGACUGUACUAAUUAAAGGGGCCACAGUAAAAUUUUGACAGAAUGUAUGCUACAACAUAGAGUAUAUUUAGUGCUCAGUUAAAUGAGCGUUAUUCAUAUUAAACUUUACAACUCUUCUAAUGCUAUUGUGGAGCUUAGCACCGAGAGACUGGCAGACACAAAGGGGGCAGCACGCUAUGAUGUGUGAGUGUCCCUCCUGCUUUGGGCCACACAGAACAGUAUCGUGGGCCACAUGUCGCCCCCAGGGCACAUGUUGUGCAUGUAUGGCUUAGAUGCUUAACCUUUAAACCUAUUCUUACCACUCGCUACAGCCUUGUAUUAAUAGGAACUUGGUACAUCUGUUGAUGUGACUUGAAAAUCAACUCUCCAAACCAUAGUUUUGGGUGUUAUUUUAUUUUCUGUAAAGCAAACAUGUCAUGUAUAAUAAAUUUGUUUUUGUUUUUUGUUUUUUUGUUUUUUACAAGGAAUGAUAUAGUAACUAUAUAUUGUGAAAAGGAAAAUAAAUUAAAAUAUUACA